AUGCGGCUCAUUCCUCACAACGGCUUUUCCAGGCCCAGCUCAGGCCUCACGGUGGCCUCUCCAGGCUCAGCUCCUGCCCUCCGACUGCGUUCCAGGCCCCAAAUGGCCUCUGGUCGGUGGGCUGCUCUGGGCCCAGCUUGGGCCUCCCGGUGGCCUCUGCAAGCCCAAGUCGUCCUGAAGUCGGCCUCUCCAGGCCCAGCUCCAGCCUCCUGGCGGCCUCCCCAGGAGCAACGCGUCCUCAUCGAGGGCCCAUCCGGGUCCAGGUCCUGCCUCCUGUCGGCCUCUAGAAGCCCAGCCUCUGCCUCCCGCAUGGUGGCCUCUCCAGGCCCGGCUCUUCCCCCUGGCUGCGUCUCCAGGCCCAGCUCCUGCUUCCCAGCAAUCAACCUCCUUUGGUUCAGCUCCUGCCCAGCUCCCAUCGGCCUUUCUCCGGCCUCUCGUCGGCCUCUUCCAGUACAAAACUUCCUUGAGUCAGCCUCUCCAGGCCCAGCUCCUAUUGCCUCCCAGUGGCCUCUUUCGGCCCAGCCCAGCUCAUGCCUCUCAGCGGCCUUCCCAGCCCCCGCUUUUGACUUUUGGCAGCCUCUUCUGGCCCAGAACUUGACCUCCAGUCAGCCUCUGCAGGCCCAGCCUCCUGCCUUCCGAGGGCCUUCACAGGCCCGGCCUCUGCCUCCCAGCGGACUCUCCAAGUCCAGCUAGCCCUCGCGUCACUGCGGCCUCCCCAGUCCAAGCUCCUGCCUUUCGGCCACUUCGGCAGACCCAGCUCCCACCUGCCAGUGGCCUCUUCAGGCCCACCUCAUUCCUCACAAUGGCCUUUCUGGGCCCCGUUUUUCCCUUCCGGCAGCCUCUUGGCCUCUAAUUUUUUUAUCUUUUGUGUAUAAAUUCCAAAAUAUGGAAUUUUGGAAUAUUUCCACCGUUAUAUAAAUAUUUUGGUAG